UGCAGCGUUCUGGGCAUGGCUUCCCAGCCGGUCUCUAGGCCUGCCGGUCUGCCUUUUCUGGGGACGGGGCAGGCGGAGGCCCCUGGGGUGGACUGUGUUGAGAAUGACCUCCUGCCCGCUCCAUUGUCUGUGUUGUGUCAUGUAUUUCAACUGUGCUGGCUUGGUGUAAUUCAGCAUCAAUUUUCCCGGAUGUGACACACUUCAGCUCGGAGCCUGAGGCUGGGUGAUGGCCGAGUACAGCAGCCUGCUAGAGGAACUGGCUGAGAACAUCACCCUGGAGGAUCUGGGCCAGCUGAAGUCUGCCUGCAAGGAGGACAUCCCGAGCGAGAAGCACGAGGAACUCGCCACCAGCCAGGACUGGUUCCGCUUCCUGGAGAAGCACAAGAAGCUGGACAAAGACAACCUUUCCUACAUCGAGCACAUCUUUGAGAUCUCGCGCCGCCCAGACUUGCUCACCAUGGUGGUCGAGUAUCGCACACAAGUGCUGAAGAUCUCAGAGGAGGACGAAGUGGACACCAAACUGACCCGCAUCCCCAGCGCCAAGAAGUACAAAGACAUAAUCCGGCAACCCUCUGAAGAAGAGAUCAUCAAAUUGGCUCCACCACCCAAAAAAGCUUAAAUGAGGGGAGGGAGGAGGGGGGGGGACACGCCUCCUGGGCCCAGCCUCCCCCCCCCAUCCCGCUGGCUGUGCCUCUCCUCCUCCUCCAG